AUGGAAAAUCCCCCUGAAAAUACUACUAGUACUAGUAUCAAAAGCAAAAUAAAGGUCUGCUUCAGAGAUAUUAUAAGACCAACAAAGCCACCAUGGCAAGGCGAACUAAAGCCAGAUAGUCAUAAUAUCCGAAAUGUUAUGCUGGUCGGGGCUGCACUAAUCGCCACCGUGACUUUCCAAGCUGGAAUUAGCCCACCUGGAGGAGUUUGGCAAAGCGAUGAUAAGAUGGGACAUAAAGCCGGACAUGCUAUUUAUUCUGAUCAGAGAAUACCUUUCCUAAUUUUCCUGCUAUUCAACUCUAUUGCACUAACGUCAUCCAGUUUUCUACUAUUAUGCCUAACCUUUAGGUACCCUUAUUUCUUGGAAGUUUUCAUUGCUACAAUUUCUAUGAUGGGCACUUAUGGUUCUGCUAUAUAUUGCGUUACACCUUACGAAUCAGUGUCGUUUCGCCUCAUCUUCCUCGCCGCUCUUUCGCCUAUGGUAAUAAGGCUUGUUAUUUGGGUGUUUAGAGCUGUACUUUACUACCUAAUACCCAAUGAUUGGUUAAAAAAGAUCGGAUGUGGAGGGAAAUAA